CACAGGGAAAGCCCAGCGGUUGCAGCUGCGGCGGAUCCCUCGGCACUGCCCGCCGCUCGCCGGGGCAGCCCAGGCCGGCUGCCGCUCCGCAAAGUCGCGGAGCGAGAGGAGGCGGAGCGCCGGCAAAGUAGUCGGGCUCAGAGCUGGGUCUGGGUUGAGAGAGGUGUGCUCGGGGAGCCUGGAUCCCGUGUCUCUGCUUCUCGUGGAGCGGCGGGUGCAGCUAGGAGUCGAGCAGCCUCCCCAAAGACACUUAAGUUACGGCGGCAGCCGGUUCCCGGAGAGCGUUCGCGGACGCGCAGGGGGACGCGCAGGGAACCGCGCCGCGCCGCAGAGCCCUCCCGGGCCAGCCGGCCAGAGCGGGGCGCACUCCUAGAGGCAGCCUCCCCUGGGCGCGGGGGUGCAGAGUAGGGGCGUGCAAGGCUCCACCGGCCCGCUCGCAGCCCGCCCCGACUUGGGCGCCCCCUCCGUCCCACUCUGGGAGCGAUGCCCCCCGUCCCCCGCGCCCCCCGGGAACGACGAGAGCAUGGAGAAGUCGAGUAGCGAGGAUUCUUCGAUCCACCGGAGUCCAUCUUUGGACAGCAAAGACUCGGACUUUGCUAAGCCGUCCACCUCGGGCCGCCCGUUCGGCCGCGGCUUCACGGCGGGCGCCUUCUACGGCACCGCGGGCUCCCGGGGCCAGAGCCGCGCCGAGGCCGGCGUUAAGACCGACAAGUACAAUGCGCCCAAAGGCAGCAAGUACGUGGUGUUUUACCUGGACCUGUCCUUUGUGUUCCUCCUAGAAUUUAAGAAGUGCAACAUGGCCAGGGGCUGCCUCUGCUGCUUGAAGUACAUGAUGUUCCUCUUCAAUUUGAUAUUCUGGCUCUGCGGCUGUGGGCUGCUUGGAGUGGGCAUCUGGCUCUCCGUGUCCCAAGGCAACUUUGCCACCUUCUCCCCCAGCUUCCCCUCACUGUCCGCGGCCAACCUUGUCAUCGCCAUUGGUACCAUCGUCAUGGUGACUGGCUUUCUGGGCUGCCUGGGGGCCAUCAAGGAAAACAAGUGCCUCCUCCUCAGUUUCUUCAUCGUCUUGCUGAUCAUCCUCCUGGCAGAGCUGAUCUUGCUCAUCCUCUUCUUUGUCUACAUGGACAAGGUGAAUGAGAACGCCAAGAAGGACCUGAAGGAAGGCCUGCUGCUGUACAACACCGAGAACAACGUGGGGCUCAAGAACGCCUGGAACAUUAUCCAGGCUGAGAUGCGAUGCUGUGGCGUUACCGAUUACACAGACUGGUACCCGGUACUAGGGGAGAACACAGUUCCCGACCGCUGCUGCAUGGAGAACUCACAGGGCUGUGGGCGCAACGCCACCACACCCUUGUGGAGAACGGGCUGCUACGAGAAGGUGAAGACGUGGUUCGAGGACAACAAGCACGUGCUGGGCACGGUGGGGAUGUGCAUCCUUGUCAUGCAGAUUCUGGGCAUGGCCUUCUCCAUGACCCUCUUCCAGCACAUCCACCGGACUGGGAAAAAGUAUGACGCAUGAGUGGGCCGACUGGGAGCACCCCAGCCCUGCCCAGACGCUCUGUGGAGGGAAGAGGAUUGAGCUUUGUGUCGCCUGCCUGCAUUCUCCAGACUGUGCCCUGCACCCACCCACCCUGCCUGCCCUCCCCUGCCCACUGCCUCAGCCUCAGACUUCUGGGUGGGUGGAGGACCAGGGAGGAGGAGGCUCGAGGAGACCUGGGCCACGGGCACCCGCAUUCCUGCACCUGCAUCUGUGUAUUUGCCAAAGACGACGGGGUGGGCUGGGGACGCGCUCAGGAGGAGCCUCCGGCACUGAUGGUUUCCUGCCCCCCACCCUUCCUCACACUGACUUUUGUCCCUGUGUGGGAUGGGGCCUGGUGGAGAGACUGCCCCAGCAGGGGCCACUGCUGUCCAUGGCUGCCGUGGCAGGGUUGGUGGGGACGGGGUCUGACCGCCUUUAAGCAAGGCCCCUGGAGCAUCUUGCCCAGGCUUUUUAUACCUUUACAGUGUAACUUUUUUAUUUUAUUUUACUCUGAUUAUGAUUAUUCAGGAAUAUUAUCUCAGAUAAGUUUAGGGUUAGCUUUC